AUGUCGUACGGCACACACCGAGAUGUGGGCGACGUGGAGCGUCGAGAGGCUCAAUACAAUGCGUCGGUUUCGGCGGCAGCUCGAGGAUUUGGAGCGGGGCUCGCGGUAUCGGCACCGUCGGCAUACGUGCUCAAUCGAUCCUGGCCAGCUUUCCGCUCUCUGACGCCUGCGAUCAAGCUUUUCUUUGUCUCGUCGUUUGCGAUCGGCACCGGCGUAAUCGCUGCUGAUAAGGCGGGCAUUCGCUUCGACCAGGAGCACUAUACUGACGCAGGUGCCGCCGUGCAACGUCGCUUCCAAUCACGCACCCAGUCCGAAUGGAACUCGCUCUCCACACGCGACAAGGCGCUCACCUGGGCCAAGGAAAACAAGUUCUCCGUCGUAGCCGCCACUUGGGCCUCGAGCAUGGUCGGCAUCUUUGCUUACAUCCACACCCAACCCAUGAGCUUUGCUCAAAAACUCGUACAGGCCAGAGUCUGGGCACAAGGCAUCACCCUCGCUAGCUUGGUAGGCAUGGCUGCCAUCACCCAAAUCCCCAGCAAGGGCGAUAGCAUCAUCAGGCAGCACAAAGAGGCCGCCGAUCACAGCUGGAGGGAGUUUGUCCCCAGCGAUCCCGAUACGGAUACCAUCAAGCACUGA